CAACGUCAUGCUAUGGUCAUGCCAAGGGCAACAAUAUUUUGCGCGAAAAAUUAAACCUGUCAAAUGUGACGUUGCAUGGAUGUUCUGUUUUCAAACAUCAUAUGACUAAACUCCCGCUGAUCUCUGUAAACUCCUCUUUAUUUUGGGGGUAGUAGUGGUUAUAAAGUUUUACAAUUAGCUUAUCUUCCCAACUUUGUGUAUUUCGAUGAUUUCUUUUGAUGCUUGGAGAAUUUAUCUCAACUUCACUUUCUGCUCCAACAUGAAGGUACCCUGUGGUUCCCAACCACUGGAUAUGCCGCAGUUCAUUAUAUUUAUAAACCUACCACAUUUUGAUUAUUGAAACUUACGAAAAGUUCCUCGGCAAAUAAUAAUUACGCUCACCUAAAAAUAAUAAAAAUUUUCUUCUGUUCGAUACACUCAUAAGGUGUGAAAUUGUGAAAUCAUGUCGGCAGAUGAAAGUAUCCGAAAUGUUUCUAUAAUGUCCACGGAAGACCGUGCUCAGUCUGUAACAAGUACAUCACAAAAUUUGGUGAAUAAUAGCAACACUGAAUCGAGUUCUCCACGCCCUUCAGAUCAAGCCAGUCGUCAAAAUAACUUGCAGCGCAUUCAGCAGCGCAAGCAGCAAGUAUUUAACUGGCCACAGUUGAAAAAGUUAUUGAAGCUUGCUAAUUACAGUGCUUGUCAAGUUGAUGAGUGCAAAUGUAAUGGGUGGAAGAAUGCACAACCUUUGACAAAAUCUCCUAAAAGUGAUAUGCAGCAACCAGCUGCCAACUUUUCUGACCCAUGCCGUAGCUGCACACAUGUACUAGAAAACCAUAUAACGCAUUUACAAGCACAGAAUGAUGAUGAAAUAAACAAAUUACUUGGAAUGGUCGUAGAUGUAGAUAACAUUUUCAUGGGAAUGCACCGUGAAGAAGACCCAGACACGAAAAAAGUCUAUUACUACCUCUUCAAACUUUUGAGAAAAUGUAUUUUGUCAAUGACCAAACCAAUGAUAGAAGGUCCUCUUGGUCAGCCACCAUUUGAGAGACCUAGCAUUGCAAAGGCUAUAACUAACUUUGUACUAUACAAAUUUGGCCAUCUCUCACAAAGAGAAUGGCAAGCGAUGUACGAUUUAGCAAAGAUGUUUCUGCAUUGCUUAAAUCAUUGGAAUUUUGAAACGCCAAGUGCCCGACGAACCGCUGUUAAUGCCGAUGAAGCACCUGCUUAUAAAAUCAACUACACACGAUGGCUCGUUUUUUGUCAUGUACCUGCAUUUUGUGAUUCCUUGCCUCAUUACGACACUACUCUAGUAUUUGGAAGAACUUUACUGCAAGCUGUCUUCAAAUCAGUUUGCAGACAACUCAUGGACAAAUGCCACAGUGAACGGGAUAGGAUGUCACCAGAGAAGCGUGUUCUAGUGCUAACUCACUUUCCUAAGUUCUUAUCGAUGCUAGAAGUGGAAAUAUAUGCUGAUGGAUCUCCUAUUUGGGAUCCUGAAUUUAAACAAGUUCCACCAUCUCAUUUACAAGCUGCAUUAGAAUCAAAAACGAAUCAACCUCGAAGACCUGGCGAAUUUGAGAAAGUUAGCGUUGCACCUAAUGACAAAGAUAAUUUCACAACAAUAAAUAUCAGUCCUGGCAUCAAGAAAAUACCAGAGAAGAGAUCACACUCAGAAGGCAGAUCUGAUUUGAAGAGACGUCGAAACGAGGAAGCCUUUGAAGAUCUGGCCGAAGAAACUGUGGCUGAAAUUGUAGCAACGAUAAAUGAUCCUAAUUAUAUGUGUGGACCUGAUGCUGUUUUUCCACCAAAUGUUCCAAGAGAUGAAACUGCUAAAAUUGAAGAGAGUCGGAAAAUCAUAGAGUUUCAUGUUGUGGGCAAUAGUCUGACUCAACCAGUAUCUAAACAGACUAUGCUCUGGUUGAUUGGAUUGCACAAUGUUUUCAGUCAUCAGCUACCUCGAAUGCCAAAAGAAUAUAUAUCUCAACUCGUCUUUGAUCCAAAACAUAAAACGCUGGCACUUAUAAAAGAUGGUAGACCUAUUGGUGGAAUUUGUUUUCGAAUGUUUGCAACUCAAGGCUUUACAGAAAUCGUAUUCUGUGCAGUUACGAGUCAAGAACAAGUUAAAGGAUACGGCACCCACUUGAUGAACAUGCUGAAAGAUUAUCACAUAAAAAAUAAUAUCCUACACUUCUUAACUUUUGCCGAUGAAUUUGCAAUUGGGUAUUUUAAGAAGCAGGGCUUCAGCAAAGACAUAAAACUGGCUCGACCAAUGUACCAAGGAUAUAUAAAAGAUUACGAAGGUGCAACUCUGAUGCACUGUGAACUUAAUGCCAAAAUUGUAUAUACAGAAUUCACAGCUGUCAUCAGAAAACAAAAAGAAAUAAUCAAAAAAUUAAUUUAUCAAAGACAACAAGAAAUUCAAAAAGUUCAUCCAGGCUUGACCUGUUUCAAAGAGGGUGUCCGUGGAAUUCCUGUAGAGGCAAUUCCUGGUAUACGGGAAACUGGGUGGAAAAGUUAUGCUCAAACAAGAACAAGAGGUGUUGCUAAGGGCACGCAGGGACCGGAGCCAAUGGAAGCUUGUUUGGAUGUAACAGACUCGUUGUACAACGGUCUGAAGAGUGUUUUGAAUACUGUCAAAAAUAACAGCACUGCGUGGCCGUUUCUCAAACCAGUGGAUAAGAAUGAUGUUCCAGAUUAUUAUGAUCACAUAAAAUAUCCGAUGGAUCUGAAAACUAUGACAGACCGUCUCAAAGCAAGAUAUUACGUAACUCGGCGAUUAUUUAUUGCUGACAUGACACGAAUUUUUACUAAUUGUCGAUUAUAUAAUAGCCCAGACACAGAAUAUUACAGGUGCGCAAAUGCGUUGGAGAAAUAUUUCCAGACAAGGAUGAAGGAAAUUGGUCUUUGGGAUAAAUAAUAGUGGUUCAGUGAUGUUCAUCAUCACUGUCAAUAGUGCACCAUGAAGUGUUCAUAAUUAUGCAUUACAAACGUAGUAGUAAACUGGUCGCGGUGUUGAUAUGAUUAUGCAUCUUCAAAUUCAUCGUGCUUACCGAUUGUUGAUUCGUGUGACCCUAGUUUUUGUGCAUUGUGCACUGGAAAAGUUCAUUAUUUAAUGUUUUGCUAAACCAUUUGUCAUUUUUUUUCCAACAUACUGAACGAAAGACUUGUUCAACAUCUUUGCUGGUAAACUUUGACUACCAGAGUACAUAAUGUUUGGAUAGAUACUCUACAGUUUAGUAAAAUAGAAAACGUUCCAUAAUAGGGCAUAUGGCUCUAACGUGAGAUGAAAAAAAAAAAUGAAACAAACGUAUGCGAUUUUUUAAUUUUAAGUUGUACAUAUACAUAUGUUGUUGUCGUAAAUCAUGAGAAGGUUUAAAUUAAGAUUAACAUUAGCUACUAAUUAGUUCAAUUUCGAAUAUAAAUGUCGGUCGAAUAUUACUUGUGAUUCCAAGCACUCCCUGAUAUACAUCUGCGGAUAUACGUCUUCUAACACAUACAUGCCCAUACACGUUUAAAUAAAGAUUGCCCACUUUUUUAAAUAUAA